AUGAAAGCCUCGAAGUACAGCACCGCUUUUGCCAACAUGUGUUAUGUUUCAAAUUUUGAGGCGCUUGAUAUUUCUACUUCGUCUGAAGCAUGCAAUGCAAAUAGAAGUGAGGAAAGUUCUUACAUAGAAAAUGAUCAGCCAAUUAUGAAAAAAGAGCAAGAGACAUAUCAAUUUAAUCCAGAACAUGAAAUAACUUUGGGCAAAACUGGCAUGAUAAAUAAUAAAUCACAAAGAUUACAUGCAAAACAAACAAUUUCAGAUAAUAAGAUAUCACCUGGGGUUAAUAAUAACAUACCUAUAGAAAAAAAAUUCACUCCGAAUGACUUACUAGAGUUGGAAGAAGAAACCGUAUAUGGUUCUCCACCAGCACGCAGUAAAAUAACUGCGGACCACAGAAAUAAGAAAAAAGAUAUAGAAACAGCAUGCAACGUAACAGAUGAAUCAUCUUCCAUAGUCUCGGAAGAAUGUUAUACCAAAAACAUCGAGGAGAGAAAAACUGCAAGCAACGAUCAGGAAAAAAUUUCAAAUUUGAUUGCAAGCGGUUCACAAAUUGAUGAAAAUUUACUGAGUUUUGAAAACCAGGUUAAUUUCGGAGCAGGAGCAAAUGCUAACUGUACCAUUAGAAAAGAUUAUUCAAAUCUUGUGGAAAGCGAUCAACAAAUUCCAUCUCAUUUUAUUGAAAUUGCAAAUAUGGCUGAAGGACCAGAAAUAGAUGGUGCAUCAGUCUCACUCAAUCCUACAGAAGCCACUAAUUUAGAAGUGGAUCCGGAACUCGGUAUUCAAGGUAAUGUUAAUAAAGUGAAAUCAAAAUCAUAUUUAAAAGAACUACGAAUUUCCGAUUCCGACAUAAAAAUCGAUAAAGACACCAUCACUGAAGACCAAAUUGAGUCAAAUAAAUCAAAAAAUAUUAUUUUUGAAAAAGUAAUAUCUCAUUCCGUCACACAUGGAGACAAGUAUAACAACAACGUCUCGUCACUUGAAGAAACGGACUCAAAUCUCAUUUUAAAAAACACAAACGAGAGUUCUGCUAUUAUUAACGGAAAGCUUAUUCUUAAAAACAAUGACGAUACAGCCAAUGUACCAAGAUUCGAAGUCAAAGAUCUACUUUCUGAGAGAAUCCAAGAACACAUAAAUGAAAAUUAUGAAUUGCCACCGCAUUCAAAUAACCAACUUACCCCUAAACGCUCGUCUGAUACCGCGAUUAAUGAAGAGCUUAUUCCUAAAGGUAAUGAAGAAAAAGAUCCGUCCAGUUUUGAAAUCAAAGAAGUAAUUUCUGACAAAACCGAUGCAAAAGUUGUUGACAAUUGUGAAUCAGCAUCUCAUUUAGAUGAGACUAUUUCUCUCGCUUCUGAUAAAGUGUCUGAGGUUAUUACAAACGCAAAGUUUAUUCUUAAAAACAAUGACGAUACAACCAAUGUACCAAGUUUUGAAGGCAAAGAACUAAUUCCUGCAGGAAGCCAUGACAAAAUGGAUGAAAAUUUUGAAUCGCCACUACAUUCAUAUGAGCAAAUUUCUAUCGCUCCUAACAAAGGGUCUGAGACUUCCAUUAAAGAAACGAUUUUAUCUAAAAGUAAUGAAGAAAUAAAAAACCCAUCCAGUUGUGAAAUCAAAGAAGUAAUUUCUGACAAGAGCGUUGAAAGAGUAGCUGACAAUAAUGAAUCCGCGCCUCAUUUGAUUGAGAGUAUUUCUCUCGUUCCUGUUAAAGUGCCUGAGGCUGUUACUAACGCAAAGUUCACUCUUAAAGAAAAUGAAAAUGUCACUAAUGAAUCAAGUUUUGAAGCCAAAGAACUAACUCCUGGAAGAAACCAUGGAAAAAUGGAUGAAAAUUAUGAAUCGCCACCACAUUCAACUAAGCCAGUUGCUAUCGCACCUAAUAAUGUGUCUGAGACUUCCGUUAAAGAAACGAUUAUACCUAAAAGUAAUGAAGAAAUAAAAAACCCAUCCAGUUGUGAAAUCAAAGAAGUAAUUUCUGACAAGAGCGUUGAAAGAGUAGCUGACAAUAAUGAAUCCGCGCCUCAUUUGAUUGAGAGUAUUUCUCUCGUUCCUGUUAAAGUGCCUGAGGCUGUUACUAACGCAAAGUUCACUCUUAAAGAAAAUGAAAAUGUCACUAAUGAAUCAAGUUUUGAAGCCAAAGAACUAACUCCUGGAAGAAACCAUGGAAAAAUGGAUGAAAAUUAUGAAUCGCCACCACAUUCAACUAAGCCAGUUGCUAUCGCACCUAAUAAUGUGUCUGAGACUUCCGUUAAAGAAACGAUUAUACCUAAAAGUAAUGAAGAAAUAAAAAACCCAUCCAGUUGUGAAAUCAAAGAAGUAAUUUCUGACAAGAGCGUUGAAAGAGUAGCUGACAAUAAUGAAUCCGCGCCUCAUUUGAUUGAGAGUAUUUCUCUCGUUCCUGUUAAAGUGCCUGAGGCUGUUACUAACGCAAAGUUCACUCUUAAAGAAAAUGAAAAUGUCACUAAUGAAUCAAGUUUUGAAGCCAAAGAACUAACUCCUGGAAGAAACCAUGGAAAAAUGGAUGAAAAUUAUGAAUCGCCACCACAUUCAACUAAGCCAGUUGCUAUCGCACCUAAUAAUGUGUCUGAGACUUCCGUUAAAGAAACGAUUAUACCUAAAAGUAAUGAAGAAAUAAAAAACCCAUCCAGUUGUGAAAUCAAAGAAGUAAUUUCUGACAAGAGCGUUGAAAGAGUAGCUGACAAUAAUGAAUCCGCGCCUCAUUUGAUUGAGAGUAUUUCUCUCGUUCCUGUUAAAGUGCCUGAGGCUGUUACUAACGCAAAGUUCACUCUUAAAGAAAAUGAAAAUGUCACUAAUGAAUCAAGUUUUGAAGCCAAAGAACUAACUCCUGGAAGAAACCAUGGAAAAAUGGAUGAAAAUUAUGAAUCGCCACCACAUUCAACUAAGCCAGUUGCUAUCGCACCUAAUAAUGUGUCUGAGACUUCCGUUAAAGAAACGAUUAUACCUAAAAGUAAUGAAGAAAUAAAAAGUCCAUCCAGUUGUGGAAUCGAAGUAGAGAUCUCUGACAAAACCGAUUCAAAAGUAGCUGAUAAUUGUGAAUCAGCGUCUCAUUUAGAUAAGGCUAUUUCUCUCGCUUCUGAUAAAGAGUCUGAGGUUAUUACAAACGCAAAGUUUAUUCUUAAAAACAAUGACGAUACAACGUUGUACCAAGAACGAAUUCCUGCAGGAAACCAUGAAAAAAUGGAUGAAAAUUUUUUAUCGCCACCACAUGAGCAAAUUUCUAUCGCUCCUAACAAAUGGUCUGAGAUUUCCAUUAAAGAAACGAUUUUAUCUAAAAGUAAUGAAGAAAUAAAAAACCCUUCCAGUUGUGAAAUCAAAGAAGUAAUUUCUGACAAGAGCGUUGAAAGAGUAGCUGACAAUAAUGAAUCCGCGCCUCAUUUGAUUGAGAGUAUUUCUCUCGUUCCUGUUAAAGUGCCUGAGGCUGUUACUAACGCAAAGUUCACUCUUAAAGAAAAUGAAAACGUCACUAAUGAAUCAAGUUUUGAAGCCAAAGAACUAACUCCUGGAAGAAAUCAUGGAAAAAUGGAUGAAAAUUAUGAAUCGCCACCACAUUCAACUAAGCCAGUUGCUAUCGCACCUAAUAAAGUGUCUGAGACUUCCGUUAAUGAAACGAUUAUAUCAAAAAGUAAUGAAGAAAUAAAAAGUCCAUCCAGUUGUGAAAUCGAAGAAGAGAUCUCUGACAAAACCGAUUCAAAAGUAGCUGAUAAUUGUGAAUCAGCGUCUAAUUUAGAUAAGGCUAUUUCUCUCGCUUCUGAAAAGGUGUCUGAGGUUAUUACAAACGCAAAGUUUAUUCUUAAAAACAAUGACGAUACAACCAAUGUACCAAGUUUUGAAGGCAAAGAACUAAUUCCUGCAGGAAGCCAAGAUAAAUUGGAUGAAAAUUUUGAAUCGCCACCACAUUCAUAUAAGCAACUUUCUAUAGCUCCUAACAAAGGGUCUGAGACUUCCGUUAAUGAAACGAUUAUAUCAAAAAGUAAUGAAGAAAUAAAAAGCCCAUCCAGUUGUGAAAUCAAAGACCAGAGCUCUGACAAAACCGAUUCAAAAGUAGCUGAUAAUUGUGAAUCAGCGUCUCAUUUAGACAAGGCUAUUUCUCUCGCUUCUGAUAAAGUAUCUGAGGUUAUUACAAACGCAAAGUUUAUUCUUAAAGAAAAUGAAAAUGCAACUAAUGAAUCAAGUUUUGAAUCCAAAGAACUAAUUUCUGCAGGAAACCAUGAAAAAGGGGAUGAAAAUCCUGAAUCGCCACCACAUUCAAAUGAGCAAAUUUCUAUCGCUCCUAACAAAGGGUCUGAGACUUCCAUUAAAGAAACGAUUAUAUCGAAAAGUAAUGAAGAAAUAAAAAUCUCAUCCAGUUGUGAAAUCAAAGACCAGAUCUCUGACAAAACCGAUUCAAAAGUAGCUGAUAAUUGUGACUCAGCGUCUAAUUUAGAUAAGGCUAUUUCUCUCGCUUCUGAUAAAGUGUCUGAGGUUAUUACAAACGCAAAGUUCACUCUUAAAGAAAAUGAAAAUGCAACUAAUGUAUCAAGUUUUGAAUCCAAAGAACUAAUUUCUGCAGGAAACCAUGAAAAAGGGGAUGAAAGUCCUGAAUCGCCACCACAUUCAAAUGAGCAAAUUUCUAUCUCUCCUAACAAAGGGUCUGAGAUUUCCAUUAAAGAGACGAUUUUAUCUAAAAGUAAUGAAGAAAUAAAAAACCCAUCCAGUUGUGAAAUCAAAGAAAAGAUCUCUGACAAAACCGAUUCAAAAGUAGCUGAUAAUUGUGAAUCAGCUUCUCAUUUAGAUAAGGCUAUUUCUCUCGCUUCUGAUAAAGUGUCUGAGAUUAUUACAAACGCAAAGUUCACUCUUAAAGAAAAUGAAAAUGCAACUAAUGAAUCAAGUUUUGAAGGCAAAGAACUAAUUUCUGCAGCAAACCAUGAAAAAGGGGAUGAAAAUUUUAUAUCGCCACCACAUUCAAAUGAGCAAAUUUCUAUCGCUCCUAACAAAGGGUCUGAGACUUCCAUUAAAGAAACGAUUAUACCUAAAAGUAAUGAAGAAAUAAAAAGCCCAUCCAGUUGUGAUAUCAAAGAAGUAAUUUCUGACAAGAGCGUUGAAAAAGUAGCUGACAAUAAUGAUUCCGUGCCUCGUUUGAUUGAGAGUAUUUCUCUCGUUCCUGUUAAAAUGUCUGAGGCUAAUACUAACGCAAAGUUCAGUCUUAAAGAAAAUCAAAAUGCAACUAAUGAAUCAAGUUUUGAAGCCAAAGAGCUAAUUCCUGCAAGAAACUAUGGAAAAAUUGAUGAAAAUUAUGAAUCGCCACCACAUUCGACUAAGCCAGUUGCUAUCGCACCUAAUAAAGUGUCUGAGACUUCCGUUAAAGAAACGAUUAUACCUAAAAGUAAUGAAGAAAUAAAAAGCCCAUCCAGUUGUGAAAUCAAAGAAGAAAUUUCUGACAAAACCGAUGAAAAAGUAGCUGAUAAUUGUGAAUCAGCGUCUCAUUCAGAUCAGACUAUUUCUUUCGCUUCUGAUAAAGAGUCUGAGGUUAUUACUGAGGCAAACUUUAUUCUUAAAAACAAUGACGAUACAACCAAUGUACCAAGUUUUGAAGGCAAAGAACUAGUUCGUGCAGGAAACCAUGAAAAAGUUGAUGAAAAUUUUAUAUCGCCACCACAUGAGCAAAUUUCUAUCGCUCCUAACAAAGGGUCUGAGAAUUCCAUUAAAGAGACGAUUUUAUGUAAAAGUAAUGAAGAAAUAAAAAACCCAUCCAGUUGUGAAAUCAAAGACCAGAUCUCUGACAAAACCGAUUCAAAAGUUGUUGACAAUUGUGAAUCAGCAUCUCAUUUAGAUGAGGCUAUUUCUCUCGCUUCUGAUAAAGUGUCUGAGGUUAUUACAAACGCAAAGUUUAUUCUUAAAGAAAAUGAAAAUGCAACUAAUGAAUCAAGUUUUGAAUCCAAAGAACUAAUUUCUGCAGGAAACCAUGAAAAAGGGGAUGAAAAUCCUGAAUCGCCACCACAUUCAAAUGAGCAAAUUUCUAUCGCUGCUAACAAAGGGUCUGAGACUUCCAUUAAAGAAACGAUUAUAUCGAAAAGUAAUGAAGAAAUAAAAAUCCCAUCCAGUUGUGAAAUCAAAGACCAGAUCUCUGACAAAACCGAUUCAAAAGUAGCUGAUAAUUGUGAAUCAGCGUCUAAUUUAGAUAAGGCUAUUUCUCUCGCUUCUGAUGAAGAGUCUGAGGUUAUUACAAACGCAAAGUUUAUUCUUAAAAACAAUGACGAUACAACCAUUGUACCAAGUUUUGAAGACAAAGAACUAAUUCCUGCAGGAAACCAUGAAAAAAUUUAUGAAAAUUUUAUAUCGCCACCACAUGAGCAAAUUUCUAUCGCUCCUAACAAAGGGUCUGAGAUUUCCAUUAAAGAAACGAUUUUAUCUAAAAGUAAUGAAGAAAUAAAAAACCCUUCCAGUUGUGAAAUCAAAGAAGUAAUUUCUGACAAGAGCGUUGAAAAAGUAGCUGACAAUAAUGAUUCCGUGCCUCAUUUGAUUGAGAGUAUUUCUCUCGUUCCUGUUAAAGUGUCUGAGGCUAAUACUAACGCAAAGUUCACUCUUAAAGAAAAUCAAAAUGCAACUAAUGAAUCAAGUUUUGAAGCCAAAGAACUAAUUCCUGCAGGAAACCAUGAACAAAUGGAUGGAAAUUAUGAAUCUCCACCACAUUCAAAUAAAGCACUUUCUAUCGCUCCUAAUAAAGUAUCUGAGACUUCCGUUAAAGAAACGAUUAUACCUAAAAGUAAUGAUGAAAUAAAAAACCCACCCAGUUUUGAACUCAAAGAAGUGAUCUCUAACAAGAGCGAUGCAAAAGUUUUUGAUAAUUGUGAAUCCACGCCUCAUUUAGAUGAGAUUAUUUCUCCCGUUGCUAAUAAAUUAACUGAGGUUAUUACAAGCGCAAAGUUCAUUCUUAAAGACAAUGAAGAUGCAACUAAUGAAUCAAGUUUUGAAGCCAAAGAGGAAAUUUCUAAAGGAGCCCAUGAAAAAAUGGAUGCAAAUUUUGAUUCGCCACCACAUUCAAAUGAGCAAAUUUCUAUCGCUCCUAACAAAUCCUAUGAUACCGCCAUUAAUGAAGAGAUUAUUUCUAGAGCUAAUGAAGAGAAAAGCCACCCAUCAAGCUUUGAAAUGCAAGAAACAGGUUUAGAGAAACCGAAUAAAAAAUGUGUUGACCAUUGUGAAUCCAGACAGCAUUUGAUUAAUAAUGAAACAAAAAGCGAUUAA